AUGUCUACCGUAUUCAAUAACGCUACCAUCUCAAAAUUGGUCAAAGAUGACUCUUUCCAAAUAAUUUUCAAGAAUAUAGGCAAUUAUCAGCCACAGCUCACAUUUAUAGAACAGGUCUGGGCUACGUGGUAUGUCUACAUGAAUAACGACGUCCUCGCUACGGGCCUAAUGUUCUUCGUACUACACGAAUUCAUGUAUUUUAUAAGAUGUUUGCCUUGGUUUAUUAUCGAUUCACUACCUUAUUUCAGAAAGUGGAAAAUCCAGCCAACAAAAAUACCUAGCAAGAAAGAACAGUUAGAAUGCUUGAAAUCUGUCUUAUUAUCACAUUUUUUAGUGGAAGCAAUCCCAAUCUGGACUUUCCAUCCAAUGUGUGAGAAAUUGGGUAUAUCCGUUAAAGUGCCCUUCCCUUCUUUGAAAACAAUGUCGCUUGAAAUUGCCCUCUUCUUUGUAUUGGAAGAUAUGUGGCAUUAUUGGCUACACAGACUGUUUCAUUACGGUAAUUUCUACAAAUACAUUCACAAGCAACAUCAUCGAUACGCUGCUCCAUUCGGUUUAGCCGCUGAAUACGCACAUCCAAUUGAAACAAUGAGUCUAGGUUUUGGCACAGUAGGUAUGCCUAUCCUGUACGUCAUGUAUACGGGCAAUUUACAUCUCUUUACACUUUGCAUAUGGAUCACAUUAAGAUUAUUUCAAGCUGUAGACGCUCAUUCUGGUUACGAUUUCCCAUGGUCCUUACACAAUUUCUUACCCUUCUGGGCUGGUGCCGAACAUCAUGAUUUACACCAUCACUAUUUUAUCGGGAAUUAUGCAUCCUCCUUCAGAUGGUGGGACUACUAUUUGGAUACAGAAGCUGGUCCCGACGCCAAGAUUGCUAGAGAAGAGAGAAUGAAACUGACAGCAGUGAAAAAUGCGAAGAAAUAUAAUUAA